AUGGCCCAACCAAACCCCUACAUUAUGGCCUGCGACAAACCCGAGGCGCUUAUAGAGCUGCUGCGGUCCAAUCCCUCGAUCGCAUCAACCCAAGAUGAGUCAGGCUACUCAUUGCUACAUGCCGCGGCAUCCUACGGACACACCGAUCUCCUACGCGCACUAGUGAAUGAGUUCCAAGUGGACGUCAACCUUCUCGACGAAGAUGGCGAGACCUGUCUAUUCGUGACCGAGCAUGAACAUAUCGCAAAGUGUUUGGUUGAAGAAUUGAAAGUGGACUACAAUAAGAAGAAUUCAGAGGAUAUGACCGCGGUCGAAAAGAUGGAGCAGGAUGAUGAGUUCCCGGAGGUUUCUACCUACCUUCGUACAGUCGUUGGCGGUGCUCCCAUCUCCGCUACGAAUGCAGCCACUCCCGGCGAUGUCUUGAAUCCCCCCGCACCCAUCCCUGGAAGUGACAUGAAGUUCAACAUUGGCACAAUGACCGAGGAAGAGGCUACUGCUGGCGAAAGUGAACCAGAUCCGGAAUUCAAGAGGCGUAUUGAGGAGCUUGCGGCCCGUGAUGAUUAUUAUAGCGAGGAAGUACAAAGCCAGGUGCGCGCAUUGGUCGAAGAUGUCAUGGCUGGAACCAAUAUUCAGGCCAUGGAACGGGAGGUUCGGAGGAGAACCGAGUAA